AAAAGCAAAUGAGUGCUAUGCAGUUUACAAGGCCACAACAAUAACCUAUUACUAGCCCAUGCAUCAUGUCAAUGUGUCCGAGUCAGUACAGCACUGGUGGAAAUUGGCUACCUCCUGGCCACUUUGCCUAUUCAUCAAUAACAAGGUGGGUAAUGCCCGUGUUAAAUAUGCCCAUCAUUUUCUGCGCCCUGCAUCACCCACAGCCCUCAGGCCUGAGGACCAUUCAGGGUGAAAUUGGACAAGCUAUGCUGUCCGAGUCCCCGUGAGUCAGAACAACGCAGAAAGACAAGGCGAGACGGGUGCAGUGGAUACAUGAGCAAGGGUUCGUGCGCAGAAUAAAGCCUUUCUAACAUUUUGAAGGAUAAAAAGAGGAAU